GUGUCCCGGCCGCUUCGCCGCGAUCUUGCCCACGAUCGGCUCUCCCAGCACACCAGCACCAUGUCCAGCGACUCUGAGGAAGACGGCGGUCCAUCAGAGCUCAGCAGCGAGCUGGAUGAGGCGCCAGAGGAUACAUCCGAGCAGACGCUGCGACUGAAGGCGGCUGUCUACUUUGUCAUCUCCAAGCAGUGCGAGAAGCUAGCCCGAGAGCACAACGUCGACAUAACGCCGCAGUUCAUCCGGGCCGUCUCGGAACUCGUCUACCAGCAAGCAGGCCAUAUGGGCACUGACCUGGAGCUGUUUGCCAAGCACGCGAAACGGAGCACGAUUGCCGUUGAUGAUGUCAAGCUCUGUGUGCGUCGCAACGAGCAUGCGCUGGAUGCCAUUGCUGGGCUGGUCGAGACACUGAAGCAGGGCAAGGCCCGGCCGAACAAACGGCCGCGGGAGUGAGCGCCUUCACCCGGCCGGGACCCCUUGGUUGCGCACCGGGGAACCAAAGGCGAUGUGGGACCGGCGGUGUGGAUGUCGACGGACGAGAUAGGAUUGGCAUUGCCUGGGGGAUAUCGUUGCGGUGCACCGGCCCUGCUCUGUUGUCUGCAGAUAUCGCUCGGCGAGGGCCAAUACAGCGAGCGCUUUGCUUGUGCUGUCCUUUUUGCACCGCAAACACGACAGCCGUCCGAACGGCAAGCGAAAGUGCAAGUACAAAUGCAAGUACAAAUGCAAGUACAAAUGCAAGUACAAACGCAAC